AUGUGGUUGACGACUGCGAAGAAGCGAUGGGUCGCGUGGGCGCGCAUCAAGAUGCUAUACGAAGGAUUGCCGAAUGCCGGUCGCAUCUUCUUGAAGCGCCAGUUUUUAAGCAUGGAAAUGGUGGGAGGUGGCAAUGUGUUGCACCAUUGCAAUGAGGUGCUGAAAAUCAGCGCAAAGCUGAGAAGAAUCGGCGUCAAGAUGGAAGAUGAGAACGCUAUACUUUGCCGGCUGCGCAGUCUUCUCAAGAGUUACGAGAACAUAGUUCUCAAUUUGGACAUGAACAGUGCUGAACUUCGGUCGCGCAAAGUUUUCAAGGUGCUUCAGAACGAGCGCAUCAAGCGUCAAGGUAUCAAGAAUGUGGCGGUGAAGACCGAGAACGCAUCCAAGGCAUCCAGUGCUGAGCGCUAG